UAAAAUGACAUACUGGAGUUUAACGGCAUUAGUUUAAGGAAUUUUGAUUCUGAGUAAAACAUAAUCAGCUGUAUUGAAGACAACAUUAUCGCAACAAUAACCUUUACUAUGCAUGUUUCAGCAUUAUAUUUUACAGAGAACGUUAAUGUCCAAAGUUUAUUAUUUGGAUUAGUGAUUUUACUGAUUAUACGAUGGCUUAUGACACUACCAAAAUGUAACUACAAUUUACCACCGGGUCCAAUAGCUUUUCCAAUAAUUGGAAAUCUACUUCAGAUGGUUUCCGUUACUGAUUUUUAUUUAAUGUUGAAAGAUCUCCAAAAACAGUAUGGAGAUAUUUUUAGACUCAAAAUUGGUCCUUAUACUUUCGUGUUUGUAUGUAAAACUGAAAUGAUUUUGGAAGGAUUAGUAAAGAAAGGAGAUCAACUGAAAGGAAGGAGUUCAGUCUAUAUCAUAGAUAAAUUAUUCCAAAACAGAGGUAUCAUUUUUAGUUCUGGAAAAGAAUGGAAAGACCAGAGAAAGUUUGCCAUGUCAGCACUUCGGGAUCUAGGAGUAGGCAAAAGAGGUAUGGAAGAAAAGAUAUACUUAGAAACUCAGAAAUUAAGCGAAAUAUUUCAAUCUCACAAUGGUAAACCGUUCUCCUUGCAUAAACCGAUGUCAUUCUACACUAUGAGCGUCAUAUACAAUAUUAUAUUUGGUAAAAGGAUCAAAUUCGGUGAACCUGAGUAUGAGGAGAUCAUUGAACAUUUUCAACUUCUGUUCAAACAUAUUAGUAUAUUUGCACCAGAAAAUUUCUUUCCGCUCUUCAGAUUUUUUCGGUGGAAUUCUCCCGUAGAAAAGGUUAUAAAGAAGCAGGCGAAGAUCCGAAGUUAUAUUAGAAAGAAAAUCGCAGAACAUAAAGAAACCUUUAAUCCUGAAAACAUAAGAGAUUUCAUUGAUUUUUAUUUGCUGUCGCUUGAGAAGGAACCAAACAGUGAGACUUUAACUGAAGCGAGUUUGUUCCAAACAGUUGUCGAUAUAUUUCUGGCUGGAACAGACACGACUGCUACUCAUCUUACCUGGGCUUUUCUCUAUAUGGCCAAAUACACAGAUAUACAGGAGAAGUGUCGAAAAGAAAUUCUACAGAUCACCAAUCAGAACAGACCUGUUACAAUGGAAGACAAACCACAUAUGACAUACGUUGCAGCAACCCUUCUUGAGGUUCACAGAAUUGCGACAAUUGCUGCUUUAUCUGCUCCACACACCGCUGAAGUCCAUACAACUCUAGGAGGUUAUGAUAUUCCAAAAGAUACUCUCGUUGCAUUCUUAUUAAUGGAGGCUCAUUCUGAUCCGAAUUAUUGGGAUAAUCCACAGCAAUUCCGUCCUGAAAGAUGGAUCGGAGAAAAUAAUGAGUUAAAGAAAAAUGAAGCUUUUGUACCUUUCGGUUCGGGUCCAAGAAUGUGUGCAGGAGUGUCACUGGCCAAUAGAGAAGCUUUCCUGGCUUUUACAAACAUCUUACAGAAAUUUCAGUUGGAAAAACCUGACGAAACACCAAUAAUACUAGAGGGCAUAAUGGCUGGCCUCAAUUAUGCCCCAAUGAAUACUAAUAUCCGUGCAGUACCGUUGUGAUAUAAUUUGGUCAUAUAGACUUUUGAGCAUACACUUGAUGUAUAACAGCAACAAGAUAUCUUUUGGAAAGUAGAGGAAAAUUUUCUUCGCAGAACUUUGGCAGAUCUGCGAUAGUAAAUUAUAGUAUUUGUCUAUGCUUUCACUCUUAGUAGUUCUCCAUAAAUAUUAUUAGAUAGACACACAUGGUAAUAUGUGUAUGCUGAUAUAUCAAUAGGAAUAUCUUCGGAUAUGUACCAUGAUAUAUAGAAAAUAGAAAUAAACAAACUUUCGAGCAACAUGGUGCUCAUAAUGUCUUCCUUUCCCUUCGUAAUUUCCUUGAGUUACAGUUUUCUUUAUGAUGCUAAUUCCUGUACACUCCUUCGUAUAAUUCACGCAACUAAAACUAUGAGAUAAAUUAUGAUUUCGCUUUUGUAUUAACUUUGCAGGAUUCUUAGUGUGAAUUCGUGUGUCAAAACAAAUUUUGUUGAGUCCAGGAAGAGUCAUUACGCCAGAAGUAAUAAUACACAUACUGGCUCAAAUCCACUCCUUUAUUAUUAGUCAAUUGAUUAAAAAUCCAACUAAUUAA